GAGUCACGUGUCUUAGUCAGCUGACAAUGAGACAUCAUAAAGGCAUCAACACUCCCUCUCUGAUCCGCAGUUCCCGUUAGACCCAACAAACAAACCUUCUGGAAAAACAUCGCGGUCAUGCUGCUCCUAACUCUGCUCUUCGUGUCUUCAGCUGUGGCUACUCCUCUGCUGGGCACUGAGCAGUGCGCCCGUGGCGCCCCCUACUGGUGUCAGAAUGUGAAGACGGCGUCUCUCUGUGGAGCUGUGGCUCACUGCCAGCAGAAUGUGUGGAACAAACCCCAGCUGAAAACUGUACCAUGUGACUUGUGUAAAGAGGUGCUGAUGGUGGUGGAACAGUUGCUGAAGGACAAUGCAACUGAGUCUGAGAUUCUCGGGUACCUGGAGAAGGCCUGCCAGCUCAUCCCUGAAAAAGAUUUAACUUCUGAGUGCAAAGAGAUUGUGGAUAACUACUACCCCAUUCUGUACGGGAUCAUCACCGGAGAAUUGCAGGAUCCUGGUGUUGUGUGUGGCGCUAUGGGACUGUGUAAGUCUCAGCAGAUGUCCCUGGCCAUGUUUCCGGUCCAGGAGAAGCUCAUGUCCAAUGAAAUCCCAGAGAAUGACGUUCUACAAGUGUCUCCUUUCCUCCUCAAUGUCCCUGGGCUCCUGUAUCCUCAGGAGAACCUGAAGGAAUCGAAGGAAACUCAAAAGCAGGAAAACGAUGUGGUAUGUGACGACUGUGUCAAGUUCUUGACCGAUGCCCAAAAUGAAGCCAAGUCCAACACCACCUUUGUUGAUGCUCUUAUUGCUAGCAUUGAGAAGCAGUGCGAGUUGUUGGGGCCAGGCAUGAGUGACAUUUGUAAACAGUAUGUUGGGGAGUAUGGGACGGUUGUCAUCCAGCAGCUGAUGUCCAUGGAACCCAAAGACAUUUGCUCUCGUGCCGGUUUCUGUGCUGCUGUGAAGUCUGCUCCCAUGUUGGAUCUGCAGCCUGCCAAGACCGUCCCUGCUGCUCAGCUUUUUCCUGCCAUGAGGGUGGAGUCUACUCCUGUUAAGCAAAUGGUGCGUGUCCAUGAGCCCCCGGCCUGUGCUAUCUGUGAGUUUGUGAUGAAGCAGGUCGAGUCAAUGCUGGAGGAUCAAGCUACAGAGGAGCAGAUUGUCCAUGCCGUGGAGAGUGUGUGUUCAUUCCUGCCCUCCACCUUGACUGCCCAGUGCAAGGACCUGGUCGAGACAUACGGACAGGCCAUUAUUGAGCUGCUGGUGCAGCAGGCCGACCCCAAGACUGUGUGCACAGUUCUGGCUCUCUGCAAUGGUGCCAACCGUGCAUUUGUUGAGGUACUGAACCAGCCCCGUUUUGAGGCUGGAGGAUACUGUGAUGUGUGCAAGCUGGCGGUGAAAUACAUAGAUGGCAUUUUGGAGAAGAAUGCUACAGAAGCUGAGAUCGAGGAAGCUGUCAAGAAAGUCUGCAGCUUCCUGCCAGACUCUUACAGGACCGAGUGUGACCAGUUGAUCGAGCAGUACGAGCCCAUGCUUGUCCAGAUGAUGCUCCAGAUGCUUGACCCAGACUUUGUGUGCACAAAAGUGGGAGCGUGCCCUGAAGCGACGCGAAAGCUGCUGGGAACAGAGCGCUGCUCCUGGGGACCAGACUUCUGGUGCAAGAACAUGCAAACGGCUUCUCUGUGCAAUGCUGUGGCCCACUGCAGACGCCAUGUGUGGGCAUAGAGAACUACUGCGUCCUGAGCUGCAGGGGAGAUGAAAUACUGUAGUGCUGCUUUCCACUCUUUUGAUUUGUAACAUGCUAAAACAGCUGCAGUGUGUGAUUUAAAUGUUUUUUAAUAAGGUGGAAAGGGACUGGACUUCAUUUCUUUGUUUCCCAAGUGUUUGGUGGGGGUGGGGGUGAUUACAUGUGAGCUACAGUCAUUUUCAUUGUUUUAGUUUCUUUUGUUGAGCGUGAAGUAUAAAAAAACUAAUUUUCAGGAUCAUGUUAAUAACUUCAGACCCCCCCCCCCCCAUCAGCUACAUUUGCUUAUAAAUGGGAGAACAAAUCUUGUGUACUACUAACUGGCAUUUCUUUGCAGUAUGUUUGAUCCUUGAACAAACACAUUUUGUAGAUCUGCUGUUUUUAUGCUGAUCUGGAGGUUACCUCCCAUUGUUUGCACUCUUAAUGUUUAUAAAUGUGUCUUAAUGCACAGAAUUACAAAUCCAGAUGUCUGCCUGAUGCUUUCUGCCAAUUGUCAGUUGAUUUGUGAAUUUGAAUUUAACUAAUAAAGUGAUUCCCAAA